AUGGGGGAGAACAGAGAGGGAACGUUUGGCGAGAGAAUGUUCCGAGAUGUAAAGAACCGUUCUGUCCCCAAUCUCGAAUCACCAUCUAAUGAAGAAGACAAUGUUUCCAUUAAUGAUCAACCAUCGACACCGAAAUCUCGACGUGAACCGCGUCGAGCAUUAGCAGACAAAACCAAUACCCGUAACAAGACGGCCGCACGUACUAUCACUGGAGAAGCGAUCGACAUUGACGAAAAAAGCAUCGUGGAAAAUGCUAAAGUAGAUAGCAACAGGGAUAAUCAUUGUGUCAAUAAUGCUAAUGAAGAUAAUAACAAAGGAAAGACAAAGCAACAGACGAGACCGAAAGAACUGCAAAUGGAAAAAGAAUUAAAGAGACUUAAACGCAGCAAUCACCCUGAUAACGAGAGCGAUAUCGACAGCGAAUGUAGCGUAUCUAGUGAUACUGAACCAACAAGAACAAACCAAGAAUCGAACAAUACUCCAAAAAACCAUCAACCACGUGCAUCUGCUCAUGCUAGAACUCGUCAUUCCCCGAUUGCAAACACAAGUACUCCUCCAUCAGCUCCCUCUCAAGACGCCACCCCUCGACGGGUAAAAAGACCAUCACUACCAACGGAGUCAAGUAGUUCGUCUGAUGAUCCAAUAGUAGUAUAUUCGUGGAACAAAGAAUCAACUUUGUGUUCUACUGAGACGCGAGGAAAGCUUAUGGAACGUGAUAGAUAA